CUUAGUAAGACAUCCAGCGUAAAUCAAGCUUUACACGGUUCGUGCUAGCUUCCCGGGUCCACGUCGAACAAUGGACAAACUUAAACUAAUCCUGGUUCUCCUCUUGUUGGAAUUAACUAUCAUGUUUGGAGUAAAAGCAGAUACAGACGACGAUCCUGUCAUCAUGAUUCCUACUUCGACUGGAAUGAAGGGGGUGGGACUCGGUGAAAUCUUGGCAGAUGAAAUCAAAGCAUUUAUCAGUGAUUUUAAUGUUUCUUUUUAUCUAUUUACCCCGCGGAAUCCUCAAACUCCACAAGUAGUAGCUACUAAUGAUACCAAAUCCCUUAAGGACUCCAACUUUAAUCCGGAUUUCCCAACGAGAGUCAUUUGCCACGGUUGGGGUCAAAAUAACAAAUCGGAGUUGAAUAUAAUGAUUCGUGAAAACUACCUAGCGCGGGGCGACUUCAAUGUAAUUGUUAUGGAUUGGAGUGAGGCCGCAGAUGACCUGAACUACAUUCUAUCCUCAUUCCGUACGGAACCUGCUGGGAAAAAGCUUGCCAAUUUCAUAAAAUUUCUUGUAAAAAACGCUGGUCUGGACACCAACAAUACUUACUUAAUAGGACAUAGCCUGGGCGCCCAUGUUGUCGGCGUAGCUGGAAAACAAUUACAAGAGAAAAAGAUUAACACAAUAUUCGGUUUAGAUGCAGCCCUUCCACUAUUUCCAUACGGUUCAACUAGUAGACGUUUGGAUAUAGGGGAUGGUCAAUAUGUUGAAUCCAUUCACACAGACGGUGGACUACUUGGUAGACGCAAACCUAUCGGGAAUGCUUCAUUUUAUCCUAAUUAUGGAAACCAUCAGCCUGGAUGCGUCGAUCUAACUACAAGAUGUUCUCACAGGCGAUCAUGGAUAUACUUUGCUGAGUCCUUAAAAAUUCCAAACGAAUUUUUUGCCCAUCAAUGCAAUAGUUACCUCGGGAUACGUUUUAGAUUUUGCGUGCAAACAGGUCGAUCUGCUUUUAUGGGGGGUGAGCCUUCAAAUUACGGACGCAAUGUAGCAGGUGUAUAUUACCUACCCGUUCAUGCCAGUUAUCCUUAUGCAGUGGGGGUUUAUACAAACCAGUGGUAAUUUUUGGAAAUUUUUACAAAAAUCUUCUGGAUAAACUAAGAUGUAGUCAUUUCGGUGCAAUCUUUAAUGAAAUAAGAUAAUACUUUGAGUUUUGGGGAA